CUUGAGGGGUGCCUCUGUAAAUUUUGGACCUUGAAAUUCUUACAGGGGAUCCCAUCCUUUUGUAAAGAUGAGAUUUUUAUCAGAAACUCCACACCUUACCCCAACCCUCCAAAUCUCUCUCCGUCUACCCAUUUCCUGUGCUGAAUCUUCCGCAAAUUAGGAUCUUUCAGUCUAAUCCGUGUAAUUGAGAUAUGGCAGUUUAUCCAAGUGCAGCUUUAGCGGCUCAAUUUCAUUGUUCUUCUUCGUUCUCUUCUGGUAAGGUACAUCAAAGUGCAAAUCUUGUGGGCUUUUCGAAUUUGUCAUUGCAAGUAAAUCGAGUUGGACGAAGUUCAAGAAGAUCUCUUCGAAUCAAUGCACUAUUUGGUGGAAAGAAAGACAGCAACGAAAAGAGUGAAGAUGGCUCAAAGGCACCUCAUUUGUUCUUAAUUCGAAUAUUGGGAAACAUGCAAAAUUUAUACGAGACGGUAAAGAAGGCUCAGAUGGUUGUCCAAGUUGAGGCAGUACGAGUACAAAAAGAACUUGCUGCAGCUGAAUUUGAUGGUUAUUGCGAAGGCGAGCUAAUAAAGGCAACACUUUCGGGAAAUCAACAACCUGUGCGUAUUGAGAUAACUGAAGCCGCAAUGGAGUUAGGAGCCGAAAAACUGUCUCUUCUGGUGACCGAGGCUUAUCAGGACGCGCACCAAAAGAGUGUUUUGGCCAUGAAAGAGAGAAUGAGUAAUCUUGCUCAGAGCUUAGGAAUGCCACCUGGUUUAAGCGAGGGGCUGAAGUGAUAUUUAUGAUGAUUUUUAUGAUAAAGUUUUAAAUUUAGACAGUGCUCAUG